AUGGAUGAGUCAAGCAAGCUUUGCACACUUUCGAUGGAUGAGAUAUCGUUGAAAAUAUCACUCUUGUAUGAUUCAGCUCGGGACAAAGUGGUUGGUGUGGAAGAUUUUGGUGAUGGGAAUCGCAGCAGACGUGUAGCAACAUCAGCGAUAGUCUUCAUGGCUCGAGCAAUUACUGCCAACUGGAAACAACCCCUUGGGUAUUACCUGGUCCAUGAAGCAUGUCCCAGCGAGGUCCUAAAAGAAAAGCUAUUCGAAAUACUAAAUAAAGUGAGUUCAAUCGGCCUGAAAGUACAAGCAAUUAUCUCCGACCUGGGAUCAAAUUUUCAAAAAUUGGUGAAACUUCUGAAGGUGUCACCCACACAACCCUGGUUCUUACAUAAUGGCAAAAAAUAUUUUUAUAUAUUCGACCCACCUCAUGAUAUAAUAAAAGCUGUUAGAAAUAACCUCAUCAAUUACAACUUUCACUUUGGCAAUAAGGUUGCACGCUGGGACGAUAUAAUUGCGGUAUAUGAAAGGGACAAAACAAUGGCAAUUCGUUGCUGUCCAAAGCUAUCUGACCAACACGUUCAUCUAAAUUGAUUUACCAAAAUGAAAGUCAAAUACUCAAAUUCUAAGUCACUCAGUAGCAUCUUCAAUUUUGAUGUUGGUAAGUCUUGGUGCUUUGCUUGCAGCAGCCGCAGGGACAGCAGAAGUUGUUUCAAGUUGUUUCAAGAUUUUUGAUUGCCUCAAUAGUUCUACGUUAUAUAAUGCCAAAGUUCACAAGCACGCAAUUUCCCAAAAUUCAAUCCACAAGAAAUUCCUGAAAGAAAUGCUAACUUUUGUUAAAUCAAUAAAAGUAGUGAAGCCUGCAAAUGAACAAGAUGUUACAUGCUACCUGAAGUGUUUAAAUGGCUUGUACACAACAAUCAAUGCAAUACUUUUACUUUGGGAAGUCCUUCGUGAACAGCAAUCUCGUCAAUUUCUGUUGACAAGACGCGGCUCAAUCCUUUGGAGAAUUUUUUUGGAGCAAUCAGACAACAGGGUGGAAAUUCAGACAGUCCAACGCCACUGCAGUUCACACGAGGAUUCAGGAAACUCUUCUACGACAUCUACCUUAUUCUACAAACAGGAAACUGUGCAGAAGAUUUCGAUCAGAUGCUGGUAGGACCUUUGAAGCGUAAAGUGCCGGCAACCAAUACGUCUACUACAUCGAGGCCACAGCCACAAACAAGUCAGCCACGACAAUUCAAUGUCGACGUUGGAGACUACAAAACCUGCCUAGAAAACAACACAGUCAAGAUGAAUGCCAUCACUUAUGUUGCUGGCUAUUCACUCAGGAAAUGUUUUGUCAAGCAUUCCUGCCAGAAUUGUAGAAAGGAGCUGAUAAGUAACAGCAGCGACCAACUUCUUUGCUUAUCACAAAGGCUAUGA